ACGAGGCUGGAAACCACUGGUGCAAAAACUGUAACGUCACUUCGGGAUCUAUGUUCGACUUUUACACGCACCUUCACAGCAAGACGCACCGGAAGACUCUGGACCCGUACGACCGGCCCUGGUCCUGCACCGGCACCACCGGCACCAGCAAGAGCCUCCUGACAGAGGAGAAGCUCACCAAGCCCGCUAAAGCGUCUCUUGUCUCCAGGUGGAUCGGCUGCUCUUUGUCUCUUUAUGAAAACUGUCUCCGGGACUCGUCUCCACAGAGGACUCCGACACUCUGAUGUCCCGUUUUUCUGUGUUCUGUGAAUGUAACGCACCUGUCUUCUUUCACAUAUUUAAUAUUUAAUAUAAACCUCAUGACCAGAUGUCCCCUCUCUGACAGGCUCUGCUGCGGGGGCGUGGCCAGGUAAACAUGAUUGACAGGUUACUGCUCUGUGCCGUUUGUUAAACAGUGUGUGUGUGUGUGUGUGUGUUUGUUUCAGGCUCUGAGUUCCUGCUGCCCGUCAGAGGCUUCUUCUGUCUGCUCUGCAAAACCUUCUAUGGAGACUCAAUCUGUGCCGAGGAGCACGUUACCAAGCACGCCCACAACGAGAA